AUUUCUUAGCAUUCGGCGGCAUACAUACAACAAUUCCAUCGUUUCUAGAGCAUCAGGCCUCCUCUGUUGCUUCGAGAAGUAUCGUCGAAAGCCAUUUUUAUUUUCUUCCAAGAAUCUGCAAUCAGACACUAAUCAAUCUGAUCCGAUCGCCGUCUUCGAUCUCGAUCAGCGUCACGAAUUCGAUCGGAGCCUCAAUUUGACCAUCGUUUUAUUCUUUAAACUCUAAAUCCGAGCGAUAAUGAUCCCCACUUCUCAAUCUAGAUUUUCUAUUCCGAUCCAGAAUCUAUAAUUUCAUAUUCAAUCAGAGGUGAUUUAUAGAUUCUGAGGAUUAUUGGGAUGUUGAUGUCGAAAGACAUAUUUAUUUGUGAGGUGGGAUGAUUUGAAUUGGUUCUUUGACUCCUGAACUUUGUAUCCGCUGCUUAUGGCAUCAAAGCGUAUCUUGAAGGAACUCAAGGAUUUGCAGAAGGACCCUCCUACCUCAUGCAGUGCAGGUCCUGUAGGUGAAGACAUGUUUCACUGGCAAGCAACAAUCAUGGGACCCUCUGAUAGUUCAUAUGCUGGAGGCGUGUUUUUAGUUUCGAUACAUUUUCCUCCAGAUUAUCCCUCUAAGCCCCCAAAGGUUGCUUUUAAGACAAAAGUCUUCCAUCCAAACAUCAAUAGUAAUGGGAGCAUCUGCCUGGAUAUCCUUAAAGAGCAGUGGUGCCCUGCCCUGACCAUCUCCAAGGUCUUGCUUUCUAUCUGCUCUUUACGGACAGACCCGAAUCCAGAUGACCCUCUUGUACCAGAGAUUGCUCAAAUGUACAAAACUGACAGGGCAAAGUAUGAGACACAGAAAUAUGCUAUGGGACGAGUUUAAAUUUGCUGAUAUUGUUGUAGGAGUUCCUUUGUUUUCUAGAUGCAAAACAAUUAUGUGGUAAAAAGGGCCCCUAUUCUGAGGCUAUUGAAGUUCAUUUGUCCAUGAGACAGUGCUGUGUACUUUUCUUUGAUGCUUUCUCAAGCUCCGUGAGGUGGAGCAUAAACCAUAAGUGCAAGUUUGGUACUUUGGAUUGGGAACUCAUUAAGCUAAAUGGAUAAACAAUCCAAGAAAGGACAAUCAUACAGACUGUUGAAUUGGUUUGACCC